AUGAUGCGCCUUUCGCGCAGCCUCGCGCGCCCCUCCCCCGCCGCCGCCGCGCUCCGCAACGCGCGCAACUACGUCGUCGCCUCGCAGACCCAGCGUGCCCAGGAGGCUACGAACUUUGGCCAGCACAAGGGCUACCCCGUCAUUGACCACGAGUUCGAUGCCGUUGUCGUCGGUGCUGGUGGUGCCGGUCUCCGUGCCGCCUUCGGUCUUGCCGAGGCUGGCCUCAAGACCGCCUGUAUCACCAAGCUCUUCCCCACUCGUUCGCACACUGUCGCUGCCCAGGGUGGUAUCAACGCCGCUCUCGGCAACAUGACCGAGGACGACUGGAGGUGGCACAUGUACGACACUGUCAAGGGUUCGGACUGGCUCGGUGACCAGGACGCUAUCCACUACAUGUGUCGUGAGGCUCCCUCGACCGUCAUUGAGCUUGAGCACUACGGUGUCCCCUUCUCGCGUACCAAGGAGGGCAAGAUCUACCAGCGUGCUUUCGGUGGUCAGUCGCUCAACUUCGGUAAGGGUGGCCAGGCCUACCGUUGCGCCGCCGCUGCCGACCGUACCGGCCACGCGCUUCUCCACACCCUUUACGGCCAGUCGCUCCGCCACAACACCAACUUCUUCAUUGAGUACUUUGCCAUGGACCUCCUCAUGCAGGACGGCGAGUGUGUUGGUGUCAUUGCCAUGAACAUGGAGGACGGCACCCUCCACCGCUUCCGCUCGCACAAGACUGUUCUUGCUACUGGCGGCUACGGUCGUGCCUACUUCUCGUGCACUUCGGCCCACACCUGCUCGGGUGACGGUAACGCCAUGGUUGUCCGUGCCGGCCUCCCCCUCCAGGACCUCGAGUUCGUCCAGUUCCACCCCUCGGGUAUCUACGGCUCGGGCUGUCUCAUCACUGAGGGUGCCCGUGGUGAGGGUGGUUACCUCCUCAACUCGAAGGGUGAGCGCUUCAUGGAGCGUUACGCCCCCACCGCCAAGGACCUCGCCUCGCGUGACGUCGUCUCGCGUUCGAUGACCCUCGAGAUCCGUGAGGGCCGUGGUGUCGGCCCCGAGGCCGACCACAUCUACCUCCAGCUCUCGCACCUUCCCCCCGCCAUCCUCCACGAGCGUCUCCCCGGUAUCUCGGAGACCGCCGCCAUCUUCGCCGGUGUCGACGUCACCAAGGAGCCCAUCCCCGUCCUCCCCACCGUCCACUACAACAUGGGUGGUAUCCCCACCAAGUGGACCGGUGAGGUCAUCACCGUCGACGAGACUGGCAAGGACAAGGUCGUCCCCGGUCUCUACGCCGCCGGUGAGGCCGCCUGUGUCUCCGUCCACGGCGCCAACCGUCUCGGUGCCAACUCGCUCCUCGACAUUGUCGUCUUUGGCCGUGCUUGCGCCAACCACAUCAAGGAGACCCUUGCCCCCAACACCCCCCACAAGCCCUUCAACGAGGAGCUUGGCAAGGCCUCUAUCGCCAACCUCGAGAAGAUCCGCACCUCGGACGGUCCCCUCCACACCUCGGAGAUCCGUCUCAAGAUGCAGAAGACCAUGCAGAACGACGCCGCCGUCUUCCGCACCCAGUCGUCCCUCGACGACGGUGUCCGUGGAAUGUCCGAGGUCUACAAGACCUACGACCAGAUUGGUAUCAAGGACCGCUCACUUGUGUGGAAUUCAGACCUCAUCGAGGCCCUUGAGCUCCGUAACAUUCAGCAGUGCGCUAUACAGACAGUGGUUUCUGCCAGUGCUCGUAAGGAGUCGCGUGGAGCGCACGCGCGUGAGGACUUCCCCGACCGUGACGACGAGAACUGGCAGAAGCACACGCUUUCGUUCCAGCGUGACAUCGAGUCGCCCGAGGUCGAGCUGCAGUACCGCAGCGUCAUUAACAACACCCUUGACGAGAACGAGUGCAAGAGACAUGGGCCAAGAGACAUUGCGAGCCAACAGAGAACUGUAGCUAACGCCUUGAAAGUAUGUUCCUCCCUUCAAGAGAGUGUACUAGGGAUCGACAGACGAGACCAGGAGCAUCGGUUAGCUUCACAGCAGAUGAAAACAUCUGCAGAUGGAGCGGAGAAGAGUGCAGACAUGCAAACUAAAAUUAUGAUCCAAUUUGAUCCCGUCGCACGUUUCUGGCUUCAUAUCAUUAGUUCAGGCCACGACCGCAUUCCGCUGGUGCAGUUUGGGGAUGCUCGAAGCUUAAGUGCCAUGCUGACACCAUCAGAGUCAGCCAAGUACGCGAGUGUGCGCGUCGAUUAUUUCCGUCGGAUCGCUCCGCAAGACCGCGGCGUCUGUCCACCUGAAGGCAGCCGUCUACUGGAGCAUCAACAGGGUGGCAAUGGAGCUGAAAACCAAACUCAACGCAAUGCGCGCCAUGGCGAGAGCUCGGAGGAUCAUGAACGAGCCAUCCACACAAUUUGGAUCGUGAUCUGGAUCCUCCUCGCCCUUUGGGCAUCACCCUUCGUUCACUGCACCACCAACUUCAACACUUUCGACCUUCUCCACCCCGCAGUUUCGCCUCUUCCCUUCUCAUAUGUUUCCACGUCCGCCCCAACUCCAACUAUCUCGACCCCGGCACUCGGUGUCUUAUCCGCCGACCAGAGCCCCGACUCUGGGGCGCAAGAGGAUGACUCUGACCUGGAACAUGCCCGUAUCGCAGACUGGCGGCGGCACGGCAACCAGGAGCGCCACGCCGAGGUGCGCAAUGCCGCCAUUGCGGUGAUCGAGGCGGACGUGGCCCUAUUCCAGCCCUACUUUGAGCUCCUUCCCGCCGAGACCGUCGCCGACUACCUCGUGCGGAUCCGCCAGGACGGCGAGUGGGGCGACCUCGCGAUGCUCCUCGCCGCUGGCGUCGCUUACGGAAGGGACUUGAUGGUUGUCAUGCCUCACGGUGUCGACGAUUACCGUCCCGAGAACCUCGGCUUCGCUCCUUCCCCCUCUUCCUUCCCUCUUAUCGAUCGUCACGAUUACGACCUCCAAGCUUUCUUCGACGGGGAGAGCAACGUCUUUGAGAUCACCGACACCGAGGACGAGGAUGACGCGCACUCUUGCCAGAGCGACGACUUCAGCCGCCACGAACGCCGUCCCUCCAAACGUCGUCGCCUGGAAUCCACCGCUGCUGACCCCGUCCCCCUCGCUACUCCGAUUGUCCCGGACGACCUCACCACGACAGCUGGUCGCUCUGCGCGAGACAUUUGA